UUGAUAACUUUAGUCACUUAUUUCUUUGGUAUCAGAGAUUACCUAUUUUUAAAAUGGAAUUAUUUUAAUGCCAAUUGGAUUUUUAAAUAUACACCAAUUCCAAUAAUCAGAAAAAAAUGCACUAAAAUGCGAGCAUCAGUCAACUCAUGGCGUACAGUAUUGUAUACAUUUUGAGGUAACUGUACUUUACUUGAGUAUUUUUAGUAUUAGACUGAAGUAAAAAUUUCAAAUACAUUACAUUACUUGUAACAAAGUAUUUCUACUCUGUGAUACUGCAACUUUUAAGCGACUUACUUCUUAUUGCUGAUCAUGGAAUGUAACUAAGUGCAUUUACCCUCAUACUGUACUUAACUACAAUUCCAAGGUAAUUGUACUUGAGUAUCCGGAUGCUAAACUUAAACACAUGACCUUUAUUUUUAAUAAAGCAUCUGUAGUCUGUGGUAAUGAUAUUACAUUAGUAAAGGCGCAUCUUACCAGUGACAGAAUGUAACUUUGCAUUUACUCUAUUACUGUACUGAAGUACAAUUUCAAGGUAACUGUACUUGACCUGAGCACUGUAAGUCUCUAACUUAAGUAAACAUUUUAAACACAUAUUUUAAACACAUGACUUUAUUUGUAAUAAAGUGUUUCUACUGUGUGUGUUUCUACUUAAGUAAAAUAUCUGAGUACCCUGCAUCUUAACAGUGAUCAUGGAAUGUAACUAACAAUUACUAAGUACUUUUCUUCGGUUUACUGUACUUAAAUACUAUUUCAAGUUAACUGAAGUGAGUAUCUUCUAUGUAUCUUUGUGUCCAGUAUGUAUACAUGAAAACAUUUGUAUGACUUCACUUGUAAACUUUUUUUAAUACUUGAGUACGUUGUAUCUCAAAGACACUACUCAUAUAGGUGACUUUCACUUUACAAAAGUAAUAUUUGAUCACAGUAUCUUUACUUUUGCUGACUUUUGGUCUUUUUUUCCUUUUUUUUCUUUUUCUUUUUUUUUUCGCAACGCUGCUCCUUUGUAAGAAAUAAAAAAAAAUAAAUACAAAAAAUAAAAAACAUUACAGGUACCGUUAGUCAAGUAAAAAAAGUAAGCAGCCAAACUAUAAUAGAGGUGGAGCGAGAAUUUAUAUGUCCAAGCCUGCAGUAUGUAUCCGUCCCUGAGUUUAUUUACGUCUAAGCCGUGUUAUUCUGGCUCCUGUGACCCAGUGAAAACAGUCCGGAGCGGCAGGAAUGCAGCUUCCAGCCCGGAGAGCAGCAGCAGCUCCUCCGUCAGACGUGACGUCGCUGGUCCCCCGCUGAAAAACUUUGACUCGGCCAAAGUUUUUCUGCGAGGAGGGGAAAAAAACAACUAGCCCCAAGGAGGAGGAAAAAAAAAGACUCCCCCUCUCUGACCGGGAGCCUCGGUAUGUGCGGACAUUGGCGCUUCAGCACCGCGUCCCGCCGUCGAAAUGUUCACGCCGUUGUCUCGCUUCAUCGACUCCGUGGCUGUCGUGGCGACGAUUUGCGCGACGGUGCUGCUGGCGAAAAGCUGCCUGUGUGUCCCCGAGGAGGACGGCGAGGUCCUGGAGAAGCAGCGGCUCCUGGAGUUUUACAAAAAAGGUCUGUUUAUCUUGGAGAGCAAGCCUCUGAAACGCUGCAUCACGGUGGACCGCUCUAACCUGGUGCUGGAGGACUGCGAGCGGCCCACGCGCCGCAUGCUGUGGAAAUGGGUCUCUCGUCAUCGCCUCUUCAAUCUGGGCACCAGCACUUGCCUGGGACUCAACAUGUCGGACACGACGCAGCCUCUCGGCACGUUCGAGUGCGACCUGGCCCUCCCCAUGCUGUGGUGGCGCUGCAGCGGAAACAUGCUGUACGGGCCGUCCCAGUGGAAGGUGGCUGUGGCCGGACGGUUGGUGGUGGUAAAGAAGAACUCUCAUCAUGAGUGGAUAAGGUACAACACCCCCAGAGAGGGUCCCUGCGCAUAUCCAUAUGAAGAUAUCCACACGUUGUUGGGGAAUGCACACGGCAUGCCCUGCGCUUUGCCUUUUCGCUACAACAAUAAAUGGUACUCCGAGUGCACGACAGAGGGGCGUGAAGACCACCUCCCAUGGUGCGCAACCAGCGCUCGCUACGAUGAAGCGGAAAGAUGGGGCUUCUGUCCGGUGCACGAUUUUAGUUGUGAGCGUUUCUGGGAGUCAAACCAGGAGCUGCGGGCAUGUUACCAAUUCAACCUGUACACCAUCCUCACCUGGAGCCAGGCGCAGUCAAGCUGCCUGGCUCAAGGUGGAAGUCUGCUCAGCAUCACCAGCCUGGCAGAGCACAGGUACAUCAGAGAUCGACUUGCAAGCGUCGGAGCAAUGGUGUGGAUCGGGCUGAACCACCUGAAGGAUCGGUGGGGGUGGCAGUGGUCUGAUGGAGCUCCUCUGGCACUGGUCAAUUUCACCACAGCUCUGCCGGCCCGGCCGCUGCAGGACGACAGUCAGUGUGGAGUGUACAACUCAGCCUACGAGGGUCACUGGCAGAGUCUGUCCUGUGAGUCUGCACUGCCUUACAUCUGUAAGAAGACGCCUAACGACACCCGCAGAGCCGAGCCGCUGGCGAGCUGGCAGUAUAUCCAUACAGAGUGCGCUGAAGGCUGGUGGCCUCAUAAUGGUUUCUGCUACAGGCUGCUGUCAGAAACAGAAGCAGGAAGCUGGGAGGAGUCAUCCCGGGCCUGUGGCUCUCACGGGGCAAACCUCAUCAGUGUCCACUCCCUGUCUGAGGUGGAAAUGCUGCUCAACCUCCUGGCUAACUUUUCUGGGGAGAGCAUGGAGGUGUGGAUUGGUCUUCGGAAACAGGCUUCGUCGCCGACAGUAGAGUGGUCUGACGCGUCACCAGUAACUCUCACUCUCUGGCACCAGUAUCAGCCCCCGAACAACCUGUCGGAUGCAACACUCUGUGCCAAAGCUGACAGAAAGGAAGCUAACUGGCUUUUAGCAUCAUGUGAUGAACGACUGCCUGCAGUUUGUAGACGAGAGAGCCAGAAUCCUGUUCGUCACAGUGGAACAUGGGAUGAGGGUUGUCCUGAGGGCUGGAAGCGACAUGGUCACUUCUGCUACAUGGUGACCAGCCAUGAACAGAAUUAUGGAGAUGCACUAUUGGGAUAUUACUGCCAGGCUCCUCUCCUCACUGUGGAAAACAGGUUUGAGCAGGCAUUCGUCAACAGUUUGCUUAGUGAAAGUGGCGCCAACAGUAGCACGUCCUACUGGAUCGACCUCACGGACAUGGAUGAUAUCGGAGAGUACAGAUGGCGCCCUCACAAUGGCUCCUCUCUACCUCUCACCUUCACAAACUGGAACAAACACCAGCCGGUCAGUGCCGGUGGCUGUGUUGCCAUGUCCGGUGGUCCUGCUUUGGGUCACUGGGAGGUGAAAGACUGUGAUUCCCACAAGGCCUUCUCAUUAUGCAAGCAGAGCAUUAGCAGUUACCAUGAUGUCCAACUGCCAGAGCACCACAUUGAUGCCUAUGCCCCCUGUCCUCCAGGGUGGGAAUCACACUCGGGGCUGCUCCACUGUUUUAAGGUGUUCCACGAUGAGAAAGUCCUGAUGAAGCGUUCCUGGGUUGAGGCUGACUUCUUCUGCCAGGCCCUCGGGGCUCAGCUGGCCAGUUUCCACCACUAUGAGGAGCAGGUGUUUGUUAAGCAGCUCCUCAGUACCAUGUUUGAAGGAACAGAGGGUCGCUGGUUCUGGGUUGGUUUAAAUAAGAGAGACCCCGAACAUCUCGGAGCGUGGGAGUGGUCUGAUGGUUCCCCUGUGGUGACGUCUUUCAUAGAGGACAAGAAUGAGGAGGACGACAGGAGGGACUGUGGCGUGUACACUGACCUGACCAACACUCUCAUGCCGCAGCCCUGUGACACCAAACACGAGUGGAUCUGCAAGAUGGCCCGAGGUGAUAAACUGACAAAACCGUACUGGUACACUGAGCAGAGCGAGCCCUGGGUGUUUUACCGCGGCGCUGAGUACCUGCUGGCCAAGCAGCCCUUCGACUGGGACGCUGUCUCUCUGGCCUGUCAGAUGAUGGGAGGCUACCUGCUGUCCAUUCACUCCAGAGAGGAGCUGCACUUCAUCAAGGAGCGCUUGCGUCGGCUCUCCCUGGGCCCGACCGACUGGUGGAUCGGCCUGUCCAUUAGGCAGCCCGGAGAAGAGGCCAGGUGGAGCGACAGGACAGAGGUAGAGUUUCAGAACUGGGCCGAGCAGCGUGUCGGAGAUGAGCGAAGGAAAAACGGUCUGUGCGUCACCAUGUCCUCUUCAACAGGGAAGUGGUCGACGAGCAGGUGCAGCGAUCUCCACGGUUACGUUUGCAAGAGAAAGACCGUGUCUGUGGUGGAGACUCCCAGGGAGCCGCACUACAUCGGAGGAUGUCCAGAAAAAUGGCUGUACUUUGGACGCAAGUGUCUCCUGCUCCACCUUCCUGGCAGUCCAAAGGAGGGAAAGAGUUGGAAAGAUGCCCAGUCCAUCUGCUCAUCUUUCAAAGGCACGCUGGUCGCUAUAGAAGAUGAGAUUGAACAAGCAUACAUCACCAUGUUGCUCCAGGGAAGCUCUGUAGGUGUGUGGAUUGGUCUGCACGAUGAGGACACCAUGAAAUGGACCAAUGGGAAACAACUCAGCUACACCAACUGGUCUCCAAUUGAACCAAAGAGCUAUCUCACUGAGGAUGAGUGGCUCAGUGGAUUUGCUGAGGAGCCGCUGUGUACUGUUCUUUCCAACAACCACAACUUCCACCUGACAGGGAAGUGGUACGAUGAGAAGUGCAGCGAGAGUGGGUAUGGAUUUGUUUGUCAAAAACCUCAAGAUACGUCCAAACCCCCCACCCACUCCAAUCACCACCCCCUCCCUGACAACAUUGAAUACAGAAGCCGCAGCUACAAGGUUGUGUCUGGCAACAUGAGCUGGUACGACGCGAUGCAUAUGUGCAAAAAGAAUGAUUCUGACCUAGUGAGCGUUACAGAUGCCUACCACCAGGCUUUCCUUACUGUCCUUGUCAAUAGAUUGGCAGUCCCCCACUGGAUUGGACUGUAUAGUGAAGACAGUGGCAUCAAUUAUCAGUGGUUGGAUGGCAGCGACACGGUGUACACACACUGGGACCCAACCGAUGACGACGAAGACGUUGUGCCAGGAGAAUGUGUGUACAUGGAUGUGAGCGGAGGCUGGCGGAGAGCAGACUGUGAGACCCCGCUACCAGGAGCCCUCUGUCACGUUCCCCCUGCAAGCAGCAAACCGUUCAUCUCAUACGAGGUGGCGUGCCCCUCCACGUGGGUCAAAUUUGGACAAGGCUGUUACAACUUUGAGCCCGUGGUGCAGAAACUUACAUUUGAAGAGGCAAGAGAGCACUGCAGGCAGAAAGUAAACACCUCAGAUGUCUUGACCAUUGAGAGUGACAAUGAGAACCGUUUUGUUCUGGAGCAGCUGUGGUCGUCGGGCUUCCUUCACCAUACUGUGUGGCUGGGGAUGUACUUCAACAUUGACACUGAUUCUAUGUCCUGGGUGGAUGGAUCACCUAUGGAUUACACCAACUGGCCCAGCAAAGCUCCAGACUCCAAGCUGCUGACUGCAGACGCCUGCGUUACUACCAGGGUGGUUGAUGGCGUGUGGCACCUGUCCCAGUGCACGGAGCGGCUCGGCUUUGUCUGCAAAACCGCCUCAAAUGUUGUGAGUGAGGUGGAAGUGGAACCGCUAAAUGGUUUACAUCAUGGCGUCAUCCCGGCUGCGGUGCUGGUGGCUGUACUCAUCUUUGCCCUGCUGGUAGGAGCGAUGUGGUUUGUGUACAAGAGGAACGCUUCACGUUUCCAGGGGCUUCCCACUCUUGCCAGCGCAUAUUACCGACAAACCAGCUCACAGGCUACAGAGUCGGAUGGAAAUGUGCUGAUCACAGACCUAGAGGCUCACUCAGGAGAAUAGCACUCAAUGACUGCUUUUCCAUUUUUUUUUUUUUUCAAUGUCUCACGUUCUCCAUCUGUCUCUCACCAUUUCACCAUCAGGUAUAAAUGCCACAUGACACUGUAAAGCUGUGACGCUGACUCCUCAGGACAGUGGUGAGGUGAUGAAAGCAAGCUUCGUGUUUGUUCAUUUGAGAAUGCGCUUGAAGAAUCCCUGUUGCUCUCUGCGUUUAUCAUUUAUUACAGUAAUUAUGAGGAUGCAAAUGUUUGUAGAGAUGUUUCUCGUGUUGACACUGAAGAGCCCACAUUUGAAUCUCUGGACUAACCAAGUGUACAUAAAUGAGAAUGUUGAGAAGCAAAUUUCUUAAAAGAGGUACUGGACACUAUUUAAGGCAACAAUAUUUUGAGGAACAAUCUUGUCUGCUUGUCAGUGUCAAAAGUAAGUUUCACUAUUGUUGAACAAAAAGGUGCAGAUCAAAGACAAAACAGAAACUACAGUGAUAUUUUAUAUACUUUUGUACAUUUCACAAUUUCAGGAGCUGUUGGAGCUGCACAUGUGGUGCAGCAAUUUUGUCAGUAUUACUUUUUGUAUUUUUAUUUUUUUAAGCGUACGUGCUGUAUAUUGAUGCCAGAGCUUUUUUUGUACAUUCGAAACUAAUAGAAAGUGGCCUAAAACUGAUGACUCUUGUUCACAUUUGUCUGCUGAUGCAUAGCAAGUUAUUAGAUGUAUUUUUGCACAGUUUUCUUUGUGUUUUAAUAAAUUUAAGUCAGGCCUAACAA